AUGUCAACGUUCACUAUCCCAAACAGCGCCUCGCAAUUGCCUGUUCACCUAACGCCCGAUCUCUCACAGGCUCAGCUACUUGCUUUCCCAGCCUUCAAGAUAUGGCUGUCCACACUGCAGCAUUCGCUUUCCAGACAGGCCGAUCCAUCCCACGAAUUCCACGGAGCACCCUAUGCCUUGCGCCAGAUCCAGAUCCAAGCCGUGGACUUCUUCGGCGGCAAUCGAUUGGGGUUUGUGAAACUCAAGGUUGAUGUGUCGAAUGACGAUGGGGAGAGGCUACCAGGAAGCGUGUUUUUAAGAGGAGGCAGCGUUGGCGUGCUGUUAAUCCUCCAACCAAACGACAUCCCCGAAACAUCAGAAUCUGAAAAGUAUUCGAUCUUAACUAUCCAACCACGCAUUCCUGCCGGCUCUCUCGCCUUUCCCGAGAUCCCAGCCGGUAUGCUGGAUGACAACGGCACAUUCGCGGGCGGCGCUGCAAAGGAAAUCCAAGAAGAGACAGGCCUAGUCAUACCACAAGAUGAACUUGUAGAUCUGACCGCGCUUGCGAAUAGCCUACCCAAAACUGGACGGAAAGGUGACCACGAACAAAGGGGAGGAAAAGGUAUUGACGACAAUAACAAUGGAGAUGGUGAUGGAGAAAAGCUGCAAACGGGCGUAUACCCAUCCCCCGGCGGCUCCGAUGAGUUCAUCCCACUUUUCCUGUGUCAGAAGCGUAUGGCUAGAAGGGAAAUUGAAGGGUUACAGGGCAAACUGACUGGAUUGCGGAAGGAUGGGGAGAAGAUUACGUUGAUGGUUGUCAAGUUGGAGGAGAUGUGGAGGGAGGCGUGGAGGGAUGGGAAGACACUGGCAGCUUGGGCAUUGUACUAA